ACAGACAUUCCUUUUUCCUUAUAGAUCUGUGUUGUAAGUCAUGGAGCACCUUGUUUCAAGCUGGUGCAAUGGUCGAUCCUUGCCAGAAUCAUAUAUACUCCCACCGGGAAAAAGACCAGGGAAACUCACUGUUCCUUUAGCCAACAAUAUUCCAGUGAUUGAUCUUGGGGGUCAUGAUCAAACAGAUGUAAUUCAACAAAUUUUUGAAGCUAGCCAAGAGUUUGGAUUCUUUCAGGUGAUCAACCAUGGAGUCCCUAGCAACUUAAUGGAUGAGGCCAUGAGUGUUUUUAAGGAGUUUCAUGCAUUAUUUGCCAAGGACAAGGCAAUCGAAACUUCAAAGGAUCCCAAUAAGAGCUGCUACUUCUACACAAGCAGUCCAAAUUAUGCAACUGAAAAGUUUCACUUCUGGAGGGAUGGAUUGGUGCAUCAUUGUAAUCCUCUAGAGAAAUACAUCCAAUUUUGGCCUGAAAGACCACCUAGAUAUCGAGAAGUUGUUGGGCCAUAUACAGCUGAAGUAAGGAAGUUGGGCUUUAGAAUUUUGGAGUUCACUUCCCAAGGCUUGGGAAUCAGCCCCGAUCAUUUUAGCAGUGGACUCAGUGAAAAUCAAACACUGUUGGUCAAUCACUAUCCGCCGUGCCCAGAUCCAAGUUUAACCUUGGGAGUGGGAAAACAUAGAGACCCCGGUGGCAUUAAUAUUCUUCUUCAAAGUGAUGUAUAUGGGCUUCAAGUCUUUAAGGAUGAGGAAUGGGUUGGUGUUGAACCUAUUCCUUACGCUUUUGUGAUUAACAUAGGUUAUCCGCUCCAGAUUAUCAGCAAUGGGAAGCUGAAAGGUGCUGAACAUCGGGUGGUGACAAAUUCAAAUGUAGCUCGAACAAUUGCUUCCUUAUUUUUUAAUCCAUCAAGUGAAACACUUGUAGAACCAGCAAAAGCUUUGAUUGAUGCAAGCAACCCUGCGCUCUAUAAGUCCCUAACAUACAAAGACUUUCUUAGCAAGUACAUAGCUGCUUCCUCUGACUCUAAAGCAUUAGAAGAGGUUUUAAGUACUACUCUUUGAUUGGUUGUUUGAGAAAAAAGCUAUUGUACUUUAUCAAUAAAUGUAUAACCAUUGAUAUCAAACUAGCAAACAUUAGUUGGUUAAUAUGAUUGAUCAAUUACACAAGCCUAAAGUUAAGUGGAUCGUCAUGAUGAUUGUUACUGUCAACUGUCGUUCGGAAUUGGAUAAUACUACAUUGCACUAAUAAUGUGAUUAUUGUCAUCAUUGUUUUAAUUAAUAUAAUUUUA